CGUCUUUGGUGUAUGUACACAGUGGCAUCGUAAACAGUGUGUGUGUGUGUGUGUGUGUGUGUGUGUGUGUGUGUGUGUGUGUGUGUGUGUGUGUGUGUGUUUCAUGUCUGGGGGGGGUGAAUUUGACCCUGUGCUGUAGGUGUGGGUCAAUAUAAGAGCAGUAGUGUCUCCAUGUUUCUCAUUUUAGAGAGAACAGAGAGUCAACGUGAAUGUUUUUAUUCACCAUGGAGAACGAGGCGCUCAGGACUGCUGCUUGUUUGAUGCUUUUCUUAGCAGGUACGUGCAUUGCUGAGGGUAUCUUACCAGCUGGACCCCUGAGUGGUGCUGUGGCAGGCAAAGUGAAGUUCACCACCACCCUCAGACCUCCAGAGAGUCCCUUCCUCUCCGUCAGCUGGAGCUUCAAAGGGAUUAACAUCAUCACCUCCACCAGCACCAACAUCACUGAGCCCGGACACGCCAACAGGAUCUCAUUAGACCGAGCCACGGGCUCGCUGGAGCUCAGGAACCUGGUGUUGGAGGACAGCGGGGAGUACACAGUCACCAUCAUACCAGACGGAGGGCUUCAGAAACAGGGGAAGAUCACACUCAGUGUGUAUGUUUUGGUCUCUGGAGCCACCAUCCGCAGCCCAGCAGCCAUCUUGAUCGAAGACAAAAGCUCCACCAACCUGACCUGCGAGGCCUCAGGCUCCGUGAGCACCAGAGAGUGGAUGAAGGACGGCUGGCCUCUCCUUCAGAGUGACCGAGUCCGUCUCUCCUUAGACAACAGGACGGUGUUCAUACAACCUGUUCACAGCUCCAACCAUGGCACCUACCAGUGUCGAGUCAGCAACCCUGUCAGCACCAUGACCGUGGCUUAUAACCUCACUGUUAACUUUGGACCUCAUAACAUUUCAAUAUCCGGGCCGUCAGCAGCAGCCCCGGGCCACAGAGUGGCUCUACAGUGCACGGCAGACUCUGUCCCGCCAGCAAACUUCAGGUGGACGUUCAACGGCAACGAGACUCAUGUUAAAGACUCUGCUUACAUCAUAGAGAGGCUGGAGGAAGACAGCAUCGGGAAUUACACCUGCACUGCCAGAAACAUGGUGACCAUGCUGGAAAACUCCACAAAUCUGUACCUGAGAGCAUCCUGCACUGCCCCCUGCUGGUCCUUUUCAGUGCUGCUGAUCUGCUCGCUGGCCCUGAGAGGGUUAAUGUGAGAGAAAGUAGCAGAGUCCAGCCUCCCUGAUAAUUUUGCUUUUGACUGAGGACCAUGAAUUUAAUCAACCAAAAUGUGCUCUAGAAGCAAUUUAAUUGUGACCCCAGGGACUUUGAUACUUCAGCUUGACAAUAAUAAGACAAAGUAGAAAGUCUCACACAGGACUAACCAAUAAUCAAACCUGUUAAUGAUAUAAACUUUUGGAAAUCUAUGUCAGAAAUGUCACAAAGAGAAUAAAAGUGACAUCACGAGUCACUAAAAAUUGCAUUCUAAUUGUAUUGCUCAGGAAAUAUCAUACAGCUGGAUAAUCGACUUUUAAUGUGAGUUAUAUAUGCAUGUAUUUGUAUGAAAGAGUGACAAUAAACAUAUAUGUUUUAACAUUUA